AUGUCCUACUCAUCUGAAGAAGAUUAUCAAGAAGAAGAACCUUUUUCCUCCUCAUCACCAUCAUCACCAUCAUCAUCCUCUUCUGGAGACGAAGAAGAAGAAUCAACAGAUGAUCGAUAUGUGAGAGCGGAGGGUAAUAAUCCAAAGAGAAAAAACCUAAAUGUCACCAGCAAUAGCAGUAGCAGCAAUAUGAAUUUUAUUCAAAGCAAUUUUAAUGAUCAUCAUUAUAUUUAUCCUGAUUCUGAUCUAAAUUAUGGUUUUUUUCUUAAUACUACUGCUAAUAGAAGAAGUAGUAGUAGUAUCAGUGGUGGUGAUAAGAAGAAUGGAGCAGCUGCAUUUACAUUUACUGCAUCGGGACAACCGUUUGGAAUUUCUGGUGGUGGUCUUGGUGGUGGUGAUCAAACUCUAAUUUCCUCAUCAAAUUCAAAUAGUUUUUCUUCAUCAAAUUCAACUCCGUGUGGUGGUUUCAAGUUUGAUGAUACUUCUAAAGUCCUGUUUAGUCAACAAAAACCAAUAUUUGGUUCUUUUAAUACUUCUCAGCCUUUUGGUACUAAUAGUGGUGAUGAUCAUCAAGCUACUAACAAUUCAAAUAGUUCAAAUACUAAUAAUGCAUCAUCCACUUCAUCAUUGGCAGCAUCGGAAGAGAAAUUAUUUGUCUUUGGAAGUGUUCCAUCAUCCUCAUCCACUUCAUUAAGCCACUCACCAACAAAGACAAUGCAUAGAAGAGGCAUAAAUGUUGCAUCCAAGAAUAGGAAUGAAAAUAUUGAUAACAUAUUCAAUUCAUUGCCAAAACCUCCUACUUUUGGUUAUCAACAAGCAGUUGAUCAAAAAGAUAGUACCACUGGUGAUUCUUUAUCAGAGAUGAGUCAGUCCUUGUAUAGUAUUUUGAGAAUGGCUAAAGUGAAGGGAGUUACCACUAAAAUAUCUGAACUCAAAUCAAGAAAGGAACCGAGAAAAUAUCAAAUCAAAUCCUAUCCAAGAGAUUUAAUAUUGGAAGGUGGAAUGUUGCAAGUUUAUGCAUUUAAGCCACUAUUGAAAAUUGUUGCUCCUAAUUUUUGUAAGAAUGUCAUUUGUAAUGAACCAUUAUUGCAUAGAUUGGAAAGUAAGGAGAUUGAAACAUUGAAUUUCUUCAUAUACAUGAUCUAUUCGAAAUCAUCCUUUACAAAUUUCAGCUUGUUUCCAAGCUUACCAUUUUUGGUGUUUUUAAUGGACGUGAGUAAGGAAGAUUUUCUGCAACAGAAGAGCUACUUUAUUAGUCAACUUGGCUUUGUUUAUUUGAAUACCAAAAACGCUGUGGACAUUCUAGUGGGAACUGACAAGUACAUUGCAUUAAGAAACGAACUGUUCACAGAGGAUAUUUCUCUUAAAUUUUUAGAUCAAGUCAGAAUCACUUGCUUGGAGUAUAUUGGAGCCAAUUCGUCGUGCAAAGAAUUUGAUUACAAUCAAGAUCCAAGAGUGAAAGAUUAUGUAUUGGAAUUCUACAGAUAUAAGCAUGUGACCCGUGAUAUUGUGCCACCUUUUCAAACACCAGUCGUCAUUGGAGGCAUUAACAUUAUCUAUAACUUUAAAGAGGACAGUGAUGCUGUGGUGAAAAUUCCUGAUUCUCUGGGAGGAGUCAAAACCAUAUAUUGUCACAAGACUGUGCUCUCCAGUGCUUCUGAAAUGUUGGAAGUAAAUUUUGGACCCAAUUGGAGCAAUGAAGAGGAUGAAGACGGAAGAGCCAUCAUCAAUGUUGAACAUCUCAUUGAAGUUGCCUCAGAUCCAAGUGUAAUGGAAUUUAUUAUCGAGUAUGCCUAUGGAAUUUUUGCACCAAUCAAGGUUUCUUCCAAGCAAGUAAUUCCACUCAUUAAGGCUGCACAUUUCUAUAGAAUUCAGGGCCUUCUCGAUGAGUGUCUCUACUUGUGUGUGAAUAGGGACAAGCUCUCCUUUUUCGAAGUGGCCGAAUCUCUAGAGGAUCAUUUCGAAGACGAAACCAUGGAAGCUUUUGAGGAUGUUAUGGUAGAAAUUGGAACUGCCAAUUACCCCUUCAUUAUUGGAGCAAGUGAUGAAGAAUUAAUGAAAUUGCCAAAGAGAAUGCUUAUUAAGAUGUUCAGAAAGAUUUACAAAACAUACAUUCCAAAUAUCAAAACCUUGUAA